CCGCACCUAGCCACCAACAGCCAGCGGCGAACGUCCCCACUCCCCCCCACCCCCACACCCAUCGCCGCCGGCGACGUCCCCUGCACCGGCGCCAUGCUCCGCCUCCGAAGCUGCAUCCUCACCCAUCUCCCCUCUUCGCCCGCCACCCAUCCCGUCCCCUAUCUACACCGCCUCCUCUCCGCCGCCGCGCCCGCCGUCUCCCCAGGCCCCCGAUUCGCCGUCGAGGACUACCUCGUCGACACCUGCGGCCUCACCCGAGCGCAGGCCCUCAAGGCCUCCACCAAGCUCUCCCACCUCAAAUCCCCCACGAACCCCGACGCCGUGCUCGCCUUCCUCGCCGGCCUCGGCCUAUCCAGCGCCGACGUCGCCGCACUCGUGGCCCGCGACCCGAAGUUUCUCUGCGCCGGCGUCGAGAGAACCCUGUCUCCCAUCCUCGCCGGGCUCACCGGCCUCGGCCUAUCGCGCUCUGAGAUCGCGCGCGUCGCCUCGCUCGCACCCCGCAGCUUCCGCUCCAGAUCUGUCGUUUCCGGGCUGGAGUACUACCUCCCCCUCUUUAGCUCCUCCGAGAGCCUUCUCCGGGGGCUCAAGAAAUACAAGUACUUCCUCAGUUCUGAUCCAGAGAGGGUGGUCAAGCCCAAUAUUGAGUUACUGCGGGAGUGCGGGCUAGGCACUUCCGAUAUUGCGAAGCUCUGCCUCGCUGUGCCAUGGCUGCUCAGCGCCAAGCCGGAGCGCGUCCAGGUGAUGCUGGCGUGCGUGGAACGUCUCGGUGUGCCCCGUCGAUCGGGGAUGUUCAGGCACGCGUUGAAGGCUGUUGAAUCCCUUAGUGAGGAGAAGCUCGCUGCCAAAGUGGAGUACUUAAGGAACACGUUCAGGUGGUCGGAUGCUGAGGUGGGCAUUGCUCUUCGUAAGGCCCCACUGAUGCUGACCAAAUCCAAUCAGACACUGCAGAGCAAGUCGGAGUUUCUUAUCUCUGAGAUGGGGUUGGAACCGGCGUACCUUGCUCAUUGCCCGGUAAUGCUCUGCCUUAGCCUGGAGGGCCGAGUCAAGCCACGGUGCUAUGUUAUAAAGUUUCUUAAGGCAAAUGGAUUGCUAGAUCGCCACUGGACCUACGGGACAAUUGUCAGGGUGUCCGAGAUGGUAUUUGUGGAGACGUUCAUAUGCCCUCACAAGGAAGCUGCACCGAACCUUGCUGAAGAUUAUGAUGCCGCAUGCAGAGGGGAAAUGCCGACUAAUUUCAGAUUUACAUGGACCAAGAACAGGCUAUGAGAAUUGGUAGCUGCAUAUGGCGCGAAAAAGUUUUCACUCUGCGUGGUAAUCUGAUGGGUAUCUGGUCUACUGUUCAAAAUCAUGAGAUGUCAUUCUUUUGAAAUCAAUGAGUCAAAGUUCUCCCCUGUUAAAACGCAUGAAAGAUGUAUUGGAGCUAAGACAGUACGAGAUCAGGCCAUUCAGCAAGUGAAUUGAGAGUAUCAGUGAGCUAUUCUCUGUACUUUUCAAGUACAAUAAUCUGCUUCAGCUGGUUUUCAACUACAAAUAUUGGGCUACUUUGUUGGUGAGCCUAUCCUGCAGUUUAGGUUUGUCAAGCAUCAGCCGCCAAUGGAAGCCACUCUGAUUUUGAAGUAACAUAAUCUGCUUCAGCUGUGCCUGACCCAGCAAGUGGCGAAUCGGAGCUCUAUGGAAUUCUUACUUACAUCAAGUAUGAAAUGAUCUGGAUUUUGCAACCCUAAGCUCAGCAAGAGGUGCUGAAAGGAUAAUGUCUUUGAUUGGCUUAAGACUGCUCAUAUCUGUAACAUAGAUAUUUGGUGAGGUAUGAAGCGUAGGAUGAAAUAUAUGAACUGCCAAAAUCUAAACCCUGGACAAUAUAUCUUGGCUUCCAUUGGGUUUGAUGUACAUCGGUAAAUGGCUAUGUGUCUGCGUCAACUCUCCAAAGAAUGCAUCACUUGGUAUUUCCAAAACUUCCGGUGCUGAAAUUGCCUUUUGUAUUUCCUUUGCAUCCAUAGAUUAGAUAUCUACCUUAGAUGUUCAGUGUUAAGUUCUGAAAAGCUUCACAUCAGUAUAUCUUGGCUUCCAUUGGGUUUGAUGCCCAUUCCGUAGUUGUUUAAGUAACCUUAGCAAGACAAUGCCAUUAAAAAAAAUCAUCUGAUUCUUGGGAAUAAUUUCAUCAUAUGAUUCAAAUAUCUGAUUAUGCUUCUAAGCUAAAUACUCAAAAGUAUGGCCCUAUGGAUAGUGUUCAUGUUUUCCACGUAACACAGCCCUACUUCUAUCUUCAUGCUAUCCAUAGUCAUGUUGUGCAUGGCCCUGUAAAUAGUUUCUGUUACUACUAUUUUGCUUCAAGUAUCAUAGCUGCCAUAUGCACAUACUACUCAGACAGGCUCUAUAAGUAUAUUUUUACUUACUGUUAUCCUUUGUGUAUUAACAUGAUCAAUGCAUAGUAUAUGUACCCUUCUAUAAGUAUUUUUCCUUCGGAGCUAAUGAUAUCUCUGUGCUUUUGUAUGUGUGUUUGCCAAUGCCAUGGCUGAAUUAUUAUUUUUUGUGUGUAGACUGAAAACUGUAGGGGCUACUUACCUGACACUAAAUAUUUGCAACCCACCUAAAUAUUUAAGCAAUUUUACGUGUCUUCCAAUAAACCUGCACAGCAUGAUUGCACAUCGCCUGGCAGAUUUCUCCUCCAUUGUCAUGAUGAUCUAGCAGCAUGUUUGGAGAGAAAGAAAUGACAGGAUCUUCGAUCUGAAGGCAGUGAACUUAAUGGCAAUCUGUGAUCGCAUCUCAGAGGAGAUAUACACAUACACCUGCAUUUGGCUAAGGAUCGGGCAACAAGGGAACUCGAUCGCGGUAGAUGCAUCGAAGGACUUUACCCCAUCACAUGAGGAGCAUUUAGUCGAAAGCGUUGUCUUCAAGCCUACUGCGUCGUCAAGCCCUCCUUGAUGUCCUACUCUUUGAUGCCAUCUUGCCAAGGAGGGCUUGACGACGACGCUUUUGAUGACUAAAUGCUCCUGAUGUGAUGGGGGUAAGGUCCUUCGAUGCAUCUACUGCGAUGGAGGAGUUUCCUGUUGCCUGAUCCUUUAUAAAAAUAAUACUUAGUAUGAGUUUCAAAGAAUACAUUGUUAUGGGUUGUUAAGCAAGACAUAGAAGCAAGAUUCUUAUUGGCUUGUGGAACGUGGAGAACAUCUUUUAAUGGAACAUCAAUUGGGGAACUAAUUGAGGCUUGACCAAUGUCAUGGAUGUUCAUACGUCCACCACUUGCGGCGGUGUGUACUUGGUUGUUGCCGAAAUACUUCUCGCAGAUGGCAAGCUUCUCAAGCCCAGAGUUAGCAUACGACACCAUGUUUCCUUCUCCUUGUUCCCGGAGAGCAGUAGCCACAUGGCGUUCGCCAAGAAGAUAAUUUUCAUAAAAACGGUGCCAACACUCAGUUACCUCAUGGUCUGUCUUCAUGCAUAGUUGGCAGAGUGGUCUGCCAGUGGAGGAUGAUGAUGCGUUCUGACUGCAGUUGUUGCCGCCAGGGCGUGAGCUGUUUUUGUUGCCGGUCACGUCUAGGCUAUUUUAGCCAUCGAAGUGCAGUCUACCGACCAGCAUCCGGGUGACGUUAAAAUUGAUGGAUGCCGUCAUGGUCCCAUCCAGGCUGAAGCUGGGUAGGCUUGUCGUGUUAACCGAGUGUCUGAAGGAGCUGAGGUCAAUGCCGAUGUUGUCCAAGGUUUCCUUGGGAUCGAAGGUGUUGUUGUACGUGUCAAACUCCAUGGCGACGAAUUGGUACGGGUCGUAGGUGAUGCUCUCUGUCUUGUUUGUGAGGCCGAAGGCAUCACCGGCCGAGUCUGGCGUUAGCGCCGAUGGCUAGCCGAUGAGGAAGAAGGCCAUGGCAUCCCCUUUGGGGUAUCCAUGCAUGAGCUUUUUUGAAACAGAGACAUAAGAUUUGCCUCAUCUAUUAAUUAAGGAGAGAAUAGAGUUAGUUUGUUUUACAACCGACUCUCAUACAACACAUGGUGAUUACUCUCGCGCUAUAAGUGCCUAGCUUCUUAGCACCCGGGGUGCUCCAAAGAUUGGCUUCGGCUAAAAUGGUGUUUAGCAAGAUCACCGGCGGUGCACUCUUGUUACAGAAGACGCGGGAGUUUGUCUUCCAAAUUGUCCAAGAUACAAGCAUGGUGAGAGAAUUCAUGGCCAUCUAGCUGGGAUGUUCAACUCGGUCCUAUUAGCCCACCAAGACUUGAUGGAAUCCUCCAAGUGCCAAGUAGAAGUGUACAUGUGGUCGAGACCAAGCUUCUCGAUGACCAAGUUCCAUAGCUAAAUUGUAAAACGUCACUUGAAGAAGAGAUGUGCUCUAGCUUCACGCUCCCUCUUGCAAAGAGGACAAAGGCCACAGUUUGGCCAGCCUUGCUUGGCCAAUCUAUGGGUGGUCCAAAUUCGGCCUUGUAUGGCUAACCAAGCGAAGAACUUGACUUUUAGCGGAGCCCAAACUUUCCAAACCAUUUGUUCCAUAGGGGAGAGGGUCAUACCAAAGAAUUACGCCUUGUAGGUGGAAGCCGCUGAGUAGAGCCCAUCUGUCGAGUGUUUCCACACGAUGUCGUCCUUGGUAUGCUCAUCAAGAUGGAAGUCAUGCACAAGCAUCCAAAUUGUGAAGAACUCCCUUAUGUGGUCAACGGAAACAAUUGUGGAUGGUUCAAUCUUUUAAAUCCAAGCAUUCUCCUUGAGGGCCUCACAUAACUUCCAAUCUUUUCUCGUUGAUGCCUUGAAAAUGAGAGGGUCAAUCUCUUUUGGUUUUCGUCCAAGGUGCCAUGGUGAGUCCCAGAACGGUGUUUUUGUGCCAUUCUCCACUGUGAUGGUAGUGGAGGCAUAGAAGAAAUCAAGGUCAUCCUCAUCAUAAGGGUUUCCCAUACCAACCCGCAAGUUCCCCGACUCCUUCCAUUCUAACCAUGACCAACGCAACCUCAAGGCCCUAGUGAUUUGGUCGGUGUUUGAGCACCUUAAAGCCUCCAUAUUCGAGUGGCGAUGUGCAGAAAAGCACGAUGAUCCAAUUCCGAACCUUGGUCGGGAAGCCUUUCCUUUGUAGAAGAUCAAGGAUGUACUCUCACUUAACCGAAUAAGAGGCCUUGCGAAUGUCAAGCUUGAAGAGUAGGGUGGGGGUCCUGCACUUGUGCAACCGGUGGGCAAAGUUCGGACGUACAUAAAGUUAUCGUGAAUCCUUCCCCUCUUGAUGAAUGCACUUUGCGCGUUGGAGACCAGGGCAUCCAUGCGGGGGCCAAUGCUGAUGGAUAGCACCUUCGCAAUAAUAUCGAUAGCAUGGAUGAGACUAAUAGUUUUGUCGUUGGAGAUGCCCUCCGCACCCUCUUUGGGCAAAAGCACCACAUUUGCGGAGUUGAGCCAAUGGAAAUUUGCCGAAUGUAGGGACUCAAAGAUGUGCAUGACCCUCGUAAUGCAUCUUUGAUGGUGUCCCAGCAUUUCUUGAAGAAGAUGCCCGUGAAGUCAUCCGGUCUGGGUAUGCCUGUGAAGCCAUCCAUGCAUGAGCUCACCACCUCAUGGGUGGUGUUGUCAUACAACGGCAACGGGGGCCCGUACGACAUUAAGUCGCGGUCGCCGGUAGUCACUGCUGCAAGGAGUUGCCUGCAAGGUUGACCAAGCUGCCGUUCACGGCCGCGUCACGCGAGAAAUUGAGGUAUUUUGUGUCGCAUGAGGAUGAGUUGGCGAAGUUGAAGCUAAAGGAGAUGGGUGGCGGCGUUGCGGCGGCGACAUGUCAAGGAGCAUCGAGCAGCGAGGAGGAGGAAGCAGCCGGCGUAGAGGAUGAUGAUGAGAAGAAGCUGCUACUGGGGCGCUCCAUUGCUUGCAGGAAACAUGGCUCUGUCUGUCUAGCUAGCGCUGGGGUGUUGUGAGCUCAUAUAUAUAUAUAUAUAUAUACUACCAUAGCUUGCCACAUAACUUGUUUAGGCUCACUAAACUUUUAACGGUUUAAAAGUUAUCAAAAAAUAUGAAAUAAAUAUGGGAGCAUCUCUCUAAUGUAAUAAGAUGAUCCAACAGAGGGAUUGUGGAAAUAUGCAUUUAUGUGUCCUCUGCAAAAAUAACAAGCAUUUCAGCUCACUGUGACAUAAAUAUAUACUAAACUAUUUGUUUUUUUGUCCAGGACACAUACAGUCGUAUUUUUAUAAUCCCUCCAUUGGAUCUUGUUAUAUUAUAGAUGUGAUGUUUCAGUGUUUUUUUUCAGGAUUUUUGAGAAUAUUUGCACCGUUGAAACCCUUAACUAGUUCUGUGGCAAGCUAUUGUAGAAAAUUCUGCUCCGGUUAGCUAGACAGACUGAAAUAUAAUACACGACUAAAUUACCUUUAGAUUAAUCACGUGGGUACAUGUAUCUCAUCCGAGUCAUGUCUGAAUUUAAGUAGGUGGCAAGAAUCUUCCUGCCUGUUAGUGAAGGCAUUCAUGCACUACUGCCAUCCUUGUGCUAGCUUUCCAAGUUGUUCUAUUCUGAGCCUCCACUUAAUUGUACCAGUUCCAGUUGCUAACUUUGCUAUA